AUGAAAAAAACGCAGUUACCAAAGGCCCACCCGAUGGAUAGUAUCAUGUCUCAGGAGAACAAUAUUAGACCAAAUUUGACACCUGCUUGGCUAACUCCGGAUUAUGUAGAGGAAAAGCUGUGUUUAUACUUCAAGGAUGACUCCCUUAACCUGGAGAAUCUGGACAUUAAGCCGGCACUUGGUAAUGGGGAGAACUAUGCCAGUGUGAUGACGCGGAUCAAUGUGGAGUACACUAUGAAGAACACAAACAGAAAGGAAUCAACUAGAUUUCUGGUUAAGACAACUUUCGCCGACAGAGAUCCAGCCGCGAAGGUGCUUAUGGAUUAUGGAGUAUACACAAGGGAAAUGGACAUGUAUGAGCAGAUUCUGCCCAAACUAGCAGAUCUUGUGAGGAACGAGCUCGGUGACUCCCGGAAACUGUUUGCAUGCACUGUGAAUGUUGAUCGUAAACGUGAUUCCAUUAUGUUUGAAGAUCUUUCGCUGGACAGGUAUAGAGUUGCCGAUCGCCUAAAGAAGUUGGAUCUGGAGCACACAUAUUUGGUGCUCGAGAAACUGGCCAAUUUCCAUGCAGCCGGAGCAGCCUUAGCCGAGCGUCAGCAGGGAAUCUUCGCCAAGAAUUUUGAUCGUGGAUUCUUCAAUCAACACACUCGGGGCUACGAGCCUAUAAUGAGGAAUCUACUGAUGGCUCUAUCACGUUCCCUAGAACUGGAACCGGUGUUGCGUGAGCGUUACCAGGCAAAGAUCGAUCGCCUGGUCGACAACGUAAUGGAUUACGGCGAACGAUCGACGUCUAUUGUUCCUGGGGACUUUGUGACCCUGGCUCAUGGAGAUCUUUGGACCACAAAUGUUAUGUUUCAAUACGAUGACGAAGGUCAUCCCACAAACGCCAUUUUUAUUGACUUCCAGUUUAGUGCGUGGAAUUCUCCGGCCAUCGAUCUUCAUUAUUUCUUUUCCACAGCUUUGCAGGAAAAUAUCCGCUUAAAGAAUCAGCCGGAGUUUAUUCAGUUUUAUUACUAUAGACUUAAGGAUGCUUUGAAAGCAGUAAACUAUUCAGGACAGGUUCCGAGUUUGUUCGCCUUUCAUCAGCAGUUUCGGAACAGAGCUUUCUAUGCUGCAUUUGCAUCCCUGAUCUUCGAGCCUUCGAUGUCGUACAAUGGCAAGGAAGAGGCGUCCAUGGAGCAGAUUAUGUCAUCCUCGGAAAAGGGAAUGCGGUUCAAAGAUGACCUUUAUCAGUCGGAGGAAAUCAGAAAAAAAAUGCAUUUCACAUUGCCGUUCCUUGACCAGCUGGGACUUCUAGACAUUAUGUAAAAUACAAAAAUAAAGUUCAUAAUUAAAUCAGUUAA